AUGUCAAGCCGUGGGGGACCGCAGCAGGGGCUGCGCGCCGAGCAGCUGAACUCGCCGUACAAGAGGGCUUCACACAGCGGCACCUUCGGAGGCGUUCCCGGGGACAAGGAAAACGCCGGCGCCGAGGCCCGCGCCGCCGCCGUCGCCGAAGGCAAGCUCGCCGUCGAAGUGUCUCACCACCUCAAGGGUGCGCUCUCCCCCGGCGUUCGCGGCACGCAGUGGCAGCACUACCACCAGCCGUCGACUCCUUCGAGGGCGAACAACGUCCCGUCAACGCCGCCAUCGAUCCCUUUCACCGGUUCCGCCGCUGAAACCGCCACCGCCGCGGCCGCCGCCGGGCGUGCUGGUUCCGGUGCCGGUGGGGCGGUGCUGCCCCUCUCCCCUUCCGCCACGGCGGCGCGCUCGAUGAACGCGUUGGGCCACUCCACCUUCGACCGUGGCACCGGCUUCUCGCUCUCCGCCGCCAGAAGAGUCUCCGUGAGGGCCGUUCGGGCAAGGAGCGGCAGCGGCAGCGGCGGCGGCGGUGGCGAUGGGUUUACGCACGCGCAUUCGCCUGCGGUGGUGCUGCGCGUGCCCCAGGGCAGACCGACUAGUGCGAGGAAGCUUAUGGCAGGCGGCAGGCGAGAGGCGCUUGAGCGGGGGGAUCUUGAGCUGGACGUGGCGGAGGUGUCUCCUUCCCCGAAGCGCAGUAGCAACGAUUCGGAGAGAAAGGCCCCGUUCUCGUCUUGCGAGUCGGAAACACCCAAGCGCGGCCGGUCGCCGUCGGUGGCGGCGGCGGGGCUGACGCUGCUUCCCCCGAUAAGCUGUGACGAGGCGGUUUCGUGGGAGUUCGAGGCAAAGGCGAGACGUCGAUCCGCCGUCCGGAACGCCAAGACAGCCGCGGAGCUGUUCGACAGCAACAGCAGCACCUGCUGCGUCACACCCGCUGGCGGCGACGGCGACGGCGUCGGCGACAGCGGCGGCAGCGUGGGCGGGCGGUGGAGGAAACUCCAGGCCCGCGGCGGCGGAGGUUCCGCGGGGCCCCCGCGCCUGAAGCUGUCGGUCGAGAGCGCGGUGGCGGCGGCGGGGGAGGACGACGAGGUGCUGCUGUCGCCUUGCUGCCACGGCCCGGUCGACCUCCCCGCCUUCUGCGCCUCCCCGAUCCUGGUGCCCUCCUCGGGGGUGAGGAGCGGCGGCGGCGGCGGCGGCCGGCCUCUCCGGGGGGGUGCUGAGGAGAACGUGCUGACGUCGUCUGUGGACAGCGCGUGGUCCAUGGGGUCGAUCGACGAGACGGCCGCCAGAGAGCCGAGCAACACGAGGAACAACGAUAGGGCUUCGGGGGGCGACCCCGUCGCGCGGAUGCUCCUCAGCCAGUCGGACGACUACGACGUGGGGGGUGUCGGAUUCGGCGUCACCCCUCCCCACGGCCCCGACGGCGGCGGCAGCAGCAACGCUAGCGACAGCCCAGGCCUGUCGCGGAUGAAGUCGGCUCCGAGUUUCGUCCAACACUAUCGCCACUACCACCACCGUAGGCUACACCAACCGUCCCCUACCGCCGGCACGACGGUAACGUUCAGCACCCUGACUCCCAAGAGGAAGGGCGACUCGCCCUUCUCCUUCGAACGCGACGCUUCCGGCUGCGGUAACGUUGCCGUUGCCGCCGAAGGGGACAGAGGAGGAAAAGAUGCGGCCCUUCUUCCAUCCCCCCGCAGGGACGGCGGUGGUGGUGCUCUUCCUCCCGCCCUCGUCAGGACAGCCACGGCAUCCCCUCGCGCGUUCUCCGUUGCCAGCGCCACCGGGGGAGGUUCCGCGGCUAGGGAUCUCAGGGAGGCGGGGGCCCGCGGAAGCGAUUUUGGGGCGAAGAUCGGCGGCAGCGGGGGGCGCGGCCGUUUGUUGAAUCCCGUAGAGUUCCGGCUCCACUGCCCGGGGGAUCUGGAAGAGCAAUCUGAGCGUGAACCCGAUGUUGAUAGAUAG